CUGAUUGAAAGUAAGUCCACUUAGAAACCCGAUGAAGUGGUGAAAGCAAAAACAAAAGACAGUUUAGCUUAUCGCGAUCAGAUGAGGAAUCAACAUGUGUGAGAUGUUUCCACAUGACUCAUCCUGAGCCCCGGGUGUCAGAGUGGGAAACACGGUGACGCGACCGGGGCUAGAGUUCAGCGCUGGUGACAUUGUGACAUUGCUCUGGGAGACCCAACCGUUCGACACUACAGGCAUUGCUUUUGGGAAGACGCGCCAUUCGAAGGAUGGGAUACGUGUGUUUGAUCUCCCGCUGUUUCUGUUUUUUAAUGUAUGAAUGAAACUUCCCAAGUUACAGCGAAAUGGAGAAACGGACUAGUUCACUCUGAACAAGUUCCGAAAACGCGAAGCACACGGACUAAGUUAAAGCGAUGCUAAGGUUGGUCCACAGAUCGCUCUGUCCCUCUGGGAUGUUAGGACGGACAGUAACGCCGAGUAGUAUUACCAGAAAGUUUCCUAUACAACCUAACUGCGAGAAAUGCUUUCUGGGAACACACUCCCGCAGCGAAAAACUAGAGUCACUGAGCUCUCCCAAAAGAGCCAAAGACUUCAUCUACUGUCUCCACGCCAGCGAGAGAAUCUGUUUACUCAAAGAGCUCCAGAGCUUUGAAUCCACAGCAGUAGCCCAAGAGAACCUGGAAUCCUCUCCACCCAGCACAGCCCAGAUCAAAUACGUUUUGCUGCACAACGCCAUUCCCUUCGUUGGCUUUGGUUUCCUUGACAACGCCAUCAUGAUUGCUGCAGGAACCCAGAUUGAGUUGUCUAUUGGAGUGACUCUGGGAAUCUCCACCAUGGCAGCUGCUGCUUUGGGGAAUCUGGUGUCUGAUCUGGCAGGACUUGGUCUUGCAGGUUAUGUGGAAGCCUUAGCGGCCCGGCUGGGGAUGCAGAUUCCCGACCUCUCACCUAAACAGGCUGACAUGUGGCAGACCAGACUGAGUGCACACAUGGGAAAAGCCAUUGGAGUUACGAUCGGCUGCCUUCUGGGAAUGUUUCCCCUGUUUUUCCUUAAUGAUGAUGAUGAUGAGAAGAAGAAGUCAGCAGAAGCUCCGCCCCCCACAACCUCAGACACUAACAGAGGCUGAAGCCCCCCCCCCCCCUUCUCUGUUGUGCUCUCUGUGUUGUAUGUACAGUAGAUGCCUCUUAUGCUGUGUGUGUGUGACAAACCUGUGAUACAUAUACUAACCCCUCAUCACGGGUGUCCGGGGUCUGCCAGCCCAGCCCUGGUCCCCGCUGUGUUCUGACAGAAGGAGAGAAAGAGCAGUUGUACACUACACCACAUACAUAGCAACGGAUGUAUACUCUCCUCACUCAGAUACAGACUCACAGCUUCUACUGUUCACCCAUAACAAAUACAGACUCACAGCUUCUACUGUUCAUCCAUAACAAAUACAGACUCACAGCUUCUACUGUUCACCCAUA